AUGGAGGACCUAGCAGAAAAAUGGAAGGAGAUGCGAUUGUUAGAUGAGGAGAAAGCUGCCAUCGAGAUUGAUGAUGAAUUGCCGAGGGAGCUGCUACUGAAGGAACAAAGAACUCUACUGGGGAAGUUUUGUUCGCCUAGAUUGAUAAGCAAGGAAGUUUUGGAAACCACUCUUGCAAAGGUGUGGAGGAUUAGCAGGAGAGCACAAUUUACAGAGGUUAGUCUGAAUAUCUUUACCUUAGUUUUUGACAAUGUCGAUGAUAAGAUGAGGGUGUGGGCGGGUAGACCCUGGUUAUUUGAUAACCAACUCCUGGUUUUGAAAGAGUAUGUUGGGGAUACACCUUUGAAACAAGUGGAUUUCAACUCAGAAAGUUUCUGGGUGAGAUUCCACAAUAUGCCCUUAUCUUGUAUGACAGAAAAGCGAGGAGAACAAAUAGGGAGCUCAGUGGGAAAGGUGGAGAAGGUGGAUGUGCAAGAGGAUGGGAGUGGAUGGGGGUGCUAUCUGCGUGUCCAAAUACACAUGGAUAUCACCCAACCGAUGGCUAGGGGUAGAACUUUGAUAGUAAAAGGGCAGAAAAUUUGGAUUCCAUUCAGUUAUGAGAAAAUGCCUAGAAUCUGUUUCACCUGUGGAUGUAUUGAACACGGGAAGGAAGGGUGCAAAGUAGGAGGGGAGGCAGGAGGACAAGAAAACCAAUAUGGGCAAUGGUUAAGGGCUGUGCAGGCAUAA